AUGCCGCAGACCGAGACUGCCAUCGACUCUCCGAGGAUCAAGACUCGCAGAGCAGACUCACCAUUGGAGAAUGAACUGCCAUUGCAGCAGAACGUAGCGCUUUUGCAAGCAGCUCGCGAACGCCUCGUUCUGACGCAAUCAUACCCCGUCCCUUAUACGACAAAGGGCGAUGAAUUAGUAGUGGAGAUCAGAGCGAUUGGACUAAACCCAGUGGACUGGAAAUCUAUGUACGCAUCUCUCGGAGCGGCGCGUCGGACCUGGCUGAUGCAAAUUUAG